GCCAUGGACGCAAUAUGGUAUCCAUACGUACCCGGGUGCUGGCGAUGGUGGUGGUGUGUUUUUUGUUGUUGGUUUUUCCCCUCUCUCUUCCCGCUUUCAUCUGGUGAACUUGUUAACAGUUGCCAGCUUUUUCACUCCAUGUAAAGACUCUUACUUCCGUGUCUGAUGUUAAUGUUUUCCGUGCUUUUCACGAGAAAACUGCUAUCGUGUGUUUGUGUUUUGAACGAUCCGGCGACCUUAGGUAUUGUCAUGUUAGCAAAUCCUAUGGGCUUUUCACAUUUGAUUGGACUACAGUACUUGAAACGGUGUUGGGUUUUUUUUUUAUGUGUGUGUUUAAUUCGUCUAUUCCCAACUGUAAGUCAUUCUGAAUAACUGGCGAAGGCGUCAGUCGCUAAGUGGAAUGUAGACACAAGGCUUGACAAUCGAACUGACUGUUCAAAAGAGAAGAGAAUUUGGUUGGAAUUGUUGUUUUUUCUUCUUGUGCAAAACCAACGAUUCCAGGCUGCACACAUGUUUGCCUGGUCUAAAUGCGUUUCCAACAGGUGACGUCACAAGGAGCUGUACGUAACACGCGGGAUAAUGAUCAACAUGGCGUCGAUCAACUCCACAUAUCAUAACACUACCAUGAGAGACGACCUUGAACUCGAUAACAUCUGCAGCGACCCCGCCAAACAGAACUCCACGCAGUGCAACAAGAGUGCCCUUGGCAUCAGUCUGUCCACCCCCAUUCUUAUGCUGUCCGUGGGAGUUCUGGGAAACAUCCUGGCUCUUGUGGUUCUCUACACGUCGAGAAAAGAUGUCCGUAAAACAGUCUUCUUCACUUUAUUGGCGGGUCUGGCGUGGACUGACGUCAUAGGGCAAAUGUGUACGGGUCCCAUAGCCAUCAUCACGUACGCGAACAAUCUGAAAUGGCAGGGCGGUGCCGCUUUGUGCACUUACCACGGGUUUGUGAUGGUGCUGUUCGGGAUACUCCAUCCACUCAUAGUCGGCACCAUGUCUCUCGAACGAUUCUUCGCUUUAAAAUGCUCUUACUUCUACGCGAGGACUAUAACUCGUAGGAAAGCGCAAUACACCAUUGUCGGAUGUUGGGUGUUUACCGUGUUCUUCUGCACGUGGCCUUUGAUGGGAUUUGGAAGCUUUGAGCUGCAGUUCCCGGGUUCAUGGUGCUUCUUGAAUUUCCAUAGGGAAAGUACCACGGACAUGAUCUUCGCCUACCUAUUCGCCAUUAUUAACAUUGGAGUGAUUACGUUUAUUUUUGUGUGCAAUUGCUUCGUGGUAUGUACGCUGUUGAAGAUGCGGCGGAACCACCGAAAGCUGAACCACUUUCCCUCUGUGGACCACAGGAUGUCGGUCUCUCACAAGACGCUCAAACUGGAAAUGGAGACGGAGAUGGUGUGGUUCCUUGGAGCCGUGACGCUCGUCUUCUGUGCUCUGUGGAUGCCGCUUAAUAUUAACAUACUAAUCAACCAGGUAUCGGGUCAAAUGGAUGUGACAAAAGACUUGAUGGGUGUCCGACUGGCGUCCAUAAACCAGAUUUUAGAUCCUUGGUUGUACAUUCUUCUGAGGAAAGCGAUGUUUUACAAAGUUCUCAAGCGAAUCAAACGCUUUAUUUCUGAACAGAAAACACCGAUUGCCUCGCAAAUGUAUUCUCAGCACAGAGACACGCACGUGCGCGAUCUUGACGCUAGCACAUUCCACAUGCAGUCAGUGUAUGUUCAAGCGAAUAGUCACGUGUCAGGGGACGAGUACCAGUCGGUGGCGGAACCGGAAACGAGGACGUUUGAGGACAAGCUAGGUGGAGGUCAAGGGUUCGAUUCUCAGGACAAUGAUGUGUUUGUUGCAGAGAAAUGUGACAACGAGACAGUUUCGUUUUUAGAGCCGGAUGUGAAAAAACGACUGAGCUUUGCUAGUUUUGAUGACGCUUUUAGAAGGAAAAAUCCAAUACGUAGGAAAUCUGGUUGUGCAAAUGGUGAUGUAAAUAAUAGAAAAAUACAAAGAUUGCAUAGUCUUCCAGCAUAUUUAGAAGGAAGAGACAAUAAAGUUUUAGAAAUAUGAGCAAGUUUUGUGACAUAUUUUGUGUAUAUAUAAUUGAAAGAAAACAAUUAGAAUAAUAAUUAUUCUGACAUUUAUUAUUAUAAUCAGUUAAGACUACGUCAUUGGUCUCAUCUAUCCUUCAUCUGCCCAUUUUUUUCAGACUUCAUUCUUAAAGGUUCUUUGUCUAAGUUGAAACUACAAUCUUUUGUUAUUUUCAAAACAUUUUGUAAUAAAUAACUGCAAAUUGAUCGAUCCCAAGUCAAUAAUAAUAUUUUUUUAAAGUCUAGUACGGGACGACAAGACGGUUUCCCGAAUAAUUUGUGGCUAAAUAUAGCAUGGCCACUAUCUUUUUUCUUUUUUGUCAGUUGUCUGCAAAACAUUAUGGGGAAAACUUAGUGUGUUGAAUAUGUACGCAUAAAACAGCGACGUCACUAGUUAAUACGUGUGACACACUCUUAAUAUACUCUAAAAAAAUUCUACUAGUAAAUAGAAUUAUUUGAUUGUAAUCUUUUAUUGGCAUAUAGCUGAAGUUAUAAAUUUUCCAUUAAAAAACAAAACAAACAUUUGGCGGGAAUCGCCAUUAUUGCAACUUUGACAUAGCACCUUUAAGACAGUAUGAAGUAUUAGAAGCCUGCCAUGGUUGUGACGUCGUGGCUUGUUUAACAGGUGAAUACCCGACUCAAAACUUCACGAUGUAUAAUAUACCUUUAAAACCCACAAAACGCCAUAUAAAGUCUGCAGGACUCAUACGAUAUGAAAUUGCACACUUCACAAAACAAAGCAUUAAAAGAAAAAAACCCCACAAUAAUACAAAAUUUAAUGAUACUAUUCACUGACAUUUACACAAUGAAAAUGCCAGUUUGUAACCUGGUACUAACACUUUGUGGGCGUCAUUUCCUCUUGUCACUCAACUCGUCAUUAGAGGAACUGUCCUGAGUAAGUUCCCAUUGUCAAGGUGUUGCCAACUAUCGGAGACGUUUUAAUAACUACAGUUGCAUAUUAAAUGCAUUAAAUGUUUGCAUAAAUUAUUACAGGCUGUACAUUAAAUGUGUUUAUGAUCAUCUUUGUGUGCGUGGUUGAACAUUUAUUUGAUAUAAUCACGUUAAUUUCCGACAUUUCACCUGACAGUCCUUUGUGGGCAUACAUACAUAUACAUAUACA